UCCUUCGACUGUAUUAUUAUUGACCUGAGCAAUAUGUAAACUGCGCAGGGGGAUGGCCUGUCAAGAAACAUUGGACUGCAAGCCCAUGGGAUUCGCUCGGGUUUCUUCUGAUCGCGGAUACAGUGCGGCGGCGGCUGGCCAGCGGUGCUGGAUGAAACCGGCCGGUGCGGUGACACUUACUUUUCAAUGAAUUUUUCAUCAAACAAGUGAUUUUACAGGACUUACUCGCUUGUCCGACUGAAUAAAGUGAAAAUGAGCGCCGUGGUUUACGUUUUAUCCACGGUCACCGGAUAUGUGCUAACCUCGGCGUUUCUGCUGAAGUGUCCGUCUCUGCUUCACCGGCGAAAGAGAGAAGCCUUCCGGAGCAGACACAUCUCUCACCGCGGCGGGGCUGGUGAGAACUUGGAGAACACAAUGGCAGCCUUCAAGCAUGCUGUUAAACUAGGCACGGACAUGUUGGAGCUGGACUGUCAUUUGACCAAGGAUGAGCAGGUGGUGGUAUUGCAUGACUCCAGCCUGAAGAGGUCGACUGGCAUUAAUGCAUACGUUGCUGAUGUGGCUUAUGCUGAUCUUCCUCCUUACCUCUGUAAGCUUGGGGUCAGUUUCAAACGAGACUGCUACUGUGAAGGAGGAGAAGACAAACGCAUCCCCCUGCUGAGAGACGUGUUCGAAGCUUUCCCAAGCACCCCGGUAAACAUCGACAUCAAGGUCAACAAUGACACCCUCAUCAAGAAGGUGUCUGAGCUGGUCAUUCAGUAUAAAAGGCAGGAUCUGACCGUCUGGGGAAACUCCAGCAAUGAAAUUGUUAAGAAAUGUCACAAAGAGAAUCCACAAAUCCCAAUCUUGUUCAGUUUGCCUAGGGUGCUUCUGUUACUAGGUCUAUUCUACACUGGCCUUCUGCCCUUCGUCCCAAUAAAAGAACAAUUCCUGGAGAUUCCCAUGCCUUCAAUUGUUUCCAAGCUCAAAGAUCCUCAGCGCCAGACACGGAGUCAGCGCUUCAUAACAUGGUUGGCUGACAAGGUCCUCAUGAGGAAAUCUCUGUUCGAUCAUCUGACAGGCAGAGGAAUACAGGUGUACAUCUGGGUGUUGAACGACGAGGAGGACUUUCAACGUGCCUUUGACCUUGGAGCUACAGGAGUUAUGACAGACUAUCCCACCAAGCUAAAGGAGUUUAUGGAGAAAAACAACUACACUACCACCAUUAAAUAGGACUUGCUGGCCAAAGUAAAUGAUCAAUAUGGUUUUCCAUUGAUCUUUGGCCUCUAAAUGGGUCUUUUAAUUACCCCAAAGUCUGUGAUGUUUAUGUCUGUGCGUGUAGAAGUGGCUGCUAUCAGUUCUGGAUUCAACGAAGCCUUCUCAAAGCCAAUCAUAUGUCAUGAAUCCUUCUAAAGCAAUACAUGUUAUCAAUAAGAGACUGAAGAUUAAUUAUCAAAUAUGUUGAAGUGACGUCAUGAUUAUCAUGACAUUUCUGUGAGGUUUACUCUACUUCAGGCACCUUCAUUGUUUUAUUAAAAUGUAGUUUAGUUUCAUUACAUUGUAAGGAUGUAAAUCCUGCUGGUAUAUUGUUGUUGUUGUUUUCAUCAGUUUCCACAAUAACACUGAACUCACUGAAGAAAUACUGUCUAAAUGGCAAGACCGAAGCUACUGACGUUUUUUUCCAAGGCACUGAGAGUAAAGACUGGUAUCAAGGGUUACUUUUGGGAUUGUUGAGGGACCAAUAUUAAGAGUGCAUUAGGUAUUUAAAUGUUUACUGCAGUACUUUGGUGUUUGAUUGACAUGUAAUUUGUACAGUAAGAGAUUACAGGGUUAUGUGAUAUUUUAUCUGUGACCAGUCAGAAAUUUUGACACACCAACUCAGUCUUCGUUAUUUUUAUUUUUUACUUGUGACAAUGUUAACGUGAUCAAAGUAUCUAAAACUGCAGUCAAAACAUUUUAUACAAGCAAAAAACUUGUAUCUGUGCUACUUAAAAAUCUUUUAAUAUCCACUCCAACGUGGCCAUACAUACUAAUACAAUAAUUUAAAUUAUAACAAUGCAUACAAAAACCAAUUUCAAGUAUUCACAGAGUAGACUUUAGCAUAGAAGGGUUUCUGAUCACGAAAAAAAUAAAGUCGUUCUAGUGUGUCCAAGCUUUUGACUGGUUGUGUUUGUUUUACUUUUUUGAAAGAAGUUUGUGUGUAAUUGGUUCAUAAACAAGUGUUACUUUUUCCAGGAUAGGUAAAGAUUUAAAAUGUUGGUCCUUCUACAGUUUUGCUGUAUUGCAAUGGUGUGGAAAUGUUUUGUUUCCCUCUUUUAAGGAACGUCUGUGAAAAGCAAAACCCAUUUAGAAUCGACAUGAUAGUAACGCACAUCUGAAUGGAGAUUAUCUGAGAACUUGGCAUAGCUGAGUAUUUGUGGAGUUCAAUGCUUUCCCCUUUUUGUGUGGUGUUCAUGGGUGUAGUAACUCCUGGAUUUGUGUUGUGUUCAGUUUUCUGAUUCGCAUUUGCUCCAAGCCACUUUCAUUGGUUGUGUAUAUUUAGUGCACUGUUUAAUUUACGAUAAUAAUAUUGUAAUUAAAAAAAUAGGUUAUUAUAAAUGGUAUUUGGAUUUGUAAAUAUCUGGUCAAUAAAUAUGUUUUAUAAAUGGG